UUUGUUUCUCUAUAGCUGUAGAUGUGAAAGUUUUUCGUAAAAAUGUUAAAAUGUAAAAAGUGCGGAUUAAUAAUGGAGUCGUGCACUGUGAGUGAUUGACACUGGUAUGUAAGGAGCAGGUUAAAUUAUUGACCUUGCUCCAAUCAACGCCAAUUCUGAAGGAGAGGGCAAGCGGCCAACCAGUUCUUCUAGCCCCGCCUCCCGCCGCCCGCCGCCGUGCAGUUUGCUACGCCCAUUGAGUACUUGCUUGACGCUUGUCAAUGGAUUCCGCAAGCGCGGAGGUCGCUUUCGAGUGCGGCUGCUUCGUGCUAUACGGCGACGGUCGCGUCGAGCGCACCAGCGGCAUGGACACCGUGCCCGACGGAUUCGACGCCGACACGGGCGUCACCUCCAAGGACGUCGUCGUCGACGCUGCCACCGGCGUCGCCGCGCGGCUGUACCUGCCAGCCAUCCAGACGGCGGCCCCGUUGGCGUCCGAGCCCGACGGCGGCGGAGCCACGACGAAGCUCCCCGUCCUCGUCAUCUUCCAUGGCGGCUUCUUCGUCGUCGGCUCGCCCGGCUGCCCCGACUUCCACCGCUACGUGAACUCGCUGGUAGCCGCCGCCCGCGUCGUCGCCGUCUCCGUCGACUACCGACUGGCCCCCGAGCACCCGCUCCCCGCUGCCUACGACGACUCCUGGGCCGCGCUCAGCUGGGCGGCGUCCGGCGCGGACCCGUGGCUGUCUGACCACGGCGACCUCGGCCGCGUCUUCGUGGCCGGCGCCAGUGCCGGCGCGAACAUCGCCCACAACGUGGCCGUGGCCGCGGUCGCGCGCGCCGUGCACGCCGUGGCGCCUGCUUUGGCGCGCAUCGAAGGCGUGAUCCUUCUCCACCCUUCGUUCUGCGGCGAACAGAAAUUGGAGGGCGAAGCAGAAGAGUUCUGGCGACCUAACAAGAGGAGGUGGGCGGUCAUCUUCCCCGGCGCCAGGGACGGAUCCGACGACCCGAGGAUUAAUCCGCUGGCUGCCGGUGAGCCGGGCCUGGCGAAGCUGGCAGGCAAGAGGCUGUUCGUCUCGACGGCGUCGGAGGAUCCGAGGGCGCCACGGGGCCGAGCGUACUGCGAGGCCGUGAGGGCCAGCGGUUGGCCGGGGAAGGUGGAGUGGUUCGAGUCCAAAGGCGAGGGACACGCCUUCUUCGUCUCCGAUCACGGCAGCCACGAGGCGGUUGCGCUGAUGGAUCGAGUGGUGGCUUUCGUAGCGGGCCACUGAUUGGCCUCUAGGGCAAUUAAGGUAGCAGUGAAGUGCUACUCGUGAAUCAUAUGUAUGGAACUGGUUUCAAAAACUCAAAAUGGCAUCCAGAUUUUAUCAAAAAAAAUUCCAAGUUGGGUCUAUUUGAAAUAUAUGCAAAUUCUGCCAGGUUUA